UGCUACUGUUUACAUCCAGCACAUUCAAUAAGAAACGCAUUCAAUAAGAGACGUUUUGCUGGACCUUCAGUCAGAGUCACAUGUCUGUUUAAACACUGCAGUAGGAAACAGAUGGCCUUCGCUCUGCCGGUGUGGCUCGCGGUCCAGGAGGAGCUGCUCGCGUACGGCGGAGAGGUGGACCCCGAGUCUCCCAGCUGUUUCGACGACUUCGAUGAUGAAGCUUUGUUCCAGAUGUUCCACCUCACCAGACCCUGCAUCGCCUUCAUCACGGACAGCACCCGCAUCCGUAUGAAGAAAGUCGCUCUAAAGAAGCCAACGCUGCCUGUGGACGCGAUGGUCAUGGUGACGCUCAACUAUUACGCACACGGAGUAUCGUCCGCUGCUAUCCAGCAGAGACUCAGGCUGAGCCAGAAUGAUUGCCUGUCGAUCAUCUGCACAGUCUCCGGGGUCAUCGCGGGCAUGGCCGAUCAGUUUAUCUCGUUCCCGUUAACCCGGGCCGCCAGAACUAAUGUCGCCCUAAAGAUAGAGAAACUCUGCGGUAUCACAGACGCACUGGGCGUCCUGGCUGCAGCUCACUUCAAGAUCAGAGCCUCUCCGUAUGAGAAGGACACUUUCAGGUCUUUUGUCAACACCUUGGGGUACACAUCGGUCGUGAGCCAAUUCAUCUGUGACUCGGACGGCAACAUACUGAGUGUUGAAAAGUGUUGUGUGGGCAGCACAUUCGAGCAGGAUUUAUGGGAAUCAUCGUUCAAAGGAAGAGAGAUGGAGGAUGAAUUGCAUGGACAGUACUGGGUUAUUGGAGGGAGCAGCUACAACCUAAGCAAGCAUGUCUUGACUCCUGUGUCAGAACCUGCAAAUGAGAAGGAGAACCGCUUCAAUCAGGCCCACGCCAAGAUCCAUGAUGUCAUGCGGAUAACACUGGGCUCCAUGAAGAGGCGUUUCAGGUGCCUGAUGCAACUUGGUUUUGCACAAGAAGGCUCUUUGGACAAAAAGUCCAACAUCAUCAAGGCAUGCAGUGUCCUGCACAACAUCUCUAAGAAGUUCUCUGUCCCUCCCCCGCCUGUAGUUGGUAAAAUCGAGCCUCUUCAUCCAGGCAGGCAGCAUUCGGUGCCCAUACAGAUCAACCCUGAGGCCCUAAAAGCAAGACAGGAACUCAUUGAUUGUAACUUCUCGGUUGCCUCCAGCAGGCAGGACCCACCCAGUGAAACCGUCACAGAGGAGGAUCUUUGAGGACAGUGGCUUUGCUGUUUGAUUUAAGAAGCAAUUAAAGAGGAUCCUCAUCAUACGGACAGUAAGGUCACAUUUCUGAAA